GAACCGCCAGGUGGCGCAUCAGAAUACAUCUGUCGUAACUGGAGGGAUAGCUGCCUAGCAACUAAAAACCGGGCGUUCCAAACAAUUGGGACCCGGGAUCCUCUGCGAACCAGGUCGUGCUGAGGCUGCACUAGUCUCCAGGGAGUAAGCGUGCGUCUCUGGGCCUUUAAACAUGCUUCAGCCUCAGGAAUCUUUCUCGAACCCUGCCUUACGCGACGAAGACAAACAUUUGGGAAAUCUGUGGGCUUCUAAGAAAUCGCUGUAUAAGAACCCAGCUCACCUUGCGCAACAGCAGGAUCCCUGGAGUCGGCUCAGCUCAACCCCCACAGCCACGUCCAGAAGUCGAGACACCUUCUUUUUUGAUUCUAAGAUACCAAAGGAUGACCUGGACUUCCGCUUAGCAGCCUUGUAUGACCACCACACUGGGGCAUUCAAGAACAAAACUGAGAUACUGUUACACCAGGAGACCAUUGAGGAUAUGCAGGGAACCAAGAUCCAGUUUCCUGGAGAAUGUUUCCACGCUCCUUCAGCCCCCAUUGCUUCCCGGACCACCAUCAGGCACUGGAUCAACCCUAAGAAAGAGUCCAUCCAUAGCAUUCAGGGAUCCAUAGUGUCUCCUCACACUGCGGCCACCAAUGGAGGUUACUCCCGGAAAAAUGAUGGUGGCUUCUUCUCCACCUAGUGGUGACUACCAGGCUAAUUUCAACAUGGUGGAACAUCCAGCCACCCAUCUUCAUUAAAUAGGUUUGUUCAAGAUGAA